AUGGCUCCCAUCAAGUACAAUAGUGCAGAUCAUCCGCUGUUCAACCUUCAGCGUGUUCCUCGUGUGCUGGAGGAUAUUGAAGAGACACGUCCGAUCAUGGCAAUCAUGCGUGGUCUCUACCUCAAGCCACAAGACCAAGCCAGAUUGGACUACCGGUUUCAUCCCUGGUUGCGUGGUUGGAUAAACCCAAAAAAAGCUCGCUGUUGUCGCUGCUUCCUUCUCAAGAGAAACUUCGGGAACGGGUCCACUAGCAAGAAGGCUUUUGAACUUCUCCAGGAAGCAUCCAGGCUUUACAAAGGACUUCCUCAGGAAGACUCUACUGUGAUUAGAGUUGGGAGAAAAGCCAAAUGUGCUUGUCAUAACGCUGAAGAAGGCGAAUGUAAAACCCACGAGGUCCCAACUACCAACGAUGGCAGUGAUCAAGUCGUCUCAUACAAGUGUCAGACUGACCACGGUGAGCUCACCUACCAGGUACUCGUAUCUGCCGAACACGAGCCCGGUCAAUUUGGGCGGGGUGCUAGCCGGGUCCCAAACUGCCUGUAUCACCCUGGUGAGCCUCGAGAUGAUGUGUUUACGUGUUGUGACCAGAGCGUUUUCACACGUGGAUGUGCUCUGAGAUGGGACCACCUGCGAGAAGUCCAGAUGGGCAUGCACAAAUAUGAUCCAAGCCACCCAGGCAAUGGGCCUGAGUGGCAUUUCCACGAGACUCCCGACAGAUUUCCGAUCCCACCGAACACCCGCUCUGGCGUGGUAGUGGCCCUCAAAACGGGAAUUAACCGUUGGGGGGAACAAGAGUUGAUUCGCCUCAGUGUCGUUGACCUCUAUUCCGGCCAAGUCCUCAUUGAUAACCUUGUGUGGCCCAACAAUCCCAUGCUACACCUCGACUCCAGCAACAGUUGCAUUACUUGGGAAAUGAUGCACAAGGCUCACGCCAGGGGCCUCUGCUUAGAAGGUCGUGAAGAAGCUCUUCAACGUCUUUGGGAUUUUGUCACGCCAAACACUUAUGUCGUUCUGCACGAAGGCCAGAAAGAGCUGAUCCAUCUCCGGUGGGCCCACAGAAAGGUCAUUGACACCCAUGAGCUGGAGGGACGCAUGCCGGCCUCGAAAGAAAAGAAUCGGACUUUGAAACGACUUGCCUUUGUGCAUCUCAAGCGCAAUAUUCAGCAGGGUCGGUUUGGGCUGGACAGCCUCGAGGAUGCAAUGGCCUGCCGGGACCUUGUCUUCUGGUAUGGCAAACACCUGCCUCCCCACAAGCGUCAGGAUGACCAUGAACCUCUUAUUAGGUUGGGUAGCAAUCGUCCCGGCGAAUGGGAGAGGGAGCUAAUGGAACAUGAGUGUCGGAUCUUUCUGAGGAUUAGGGCCUACCACAAUUGA